CUUCCUCAGCUUUCCUUAAGUGCUUGGUGCCCACAGCCAGCCCACCCUCAAGCCGGAAAAGGAUUCCAGGGAAAAUGGAGGUCUGGUAAAAGACAGUUUAAUUUCUACCCAGAAGCACAAGAAAGUGGCUCAUUUUAGCAAGAAUCCCAGCUGCUUUCCAAGGGAAACCAGAAGUUGCUGCCCAGGGCACUUGGACCUCAAAAGAAAUGGCUUUUCAGUUGAUACCCAGCAAAGCCCAGCCAGCAGCCCCCCUCCCCAGCAGACCCAGAAAGCCUGCUGUUCAAAUUCUGCUCCCAGAAAGCCAGUGGUAUAAAGGGGCAUCACAGACCUGUUGGUCUCCACCCCCAGAGAAGGUGGCCCUGGUGACUGGGGGCAUCUUUGGGGGUCUGCUGCUGUUGUUGGUCACAGUGAGCUACAGUCUCUGGAAGAGGAUUUGUGCCACAUUUACCUAUGAGGAGCUGCCAGGGACUGGGGCUGCCUCCAGCCCACAGGGGCACAAGCUCUGCCCCCUGCAUAGCAGGACCCAGACAAGCAGGCCACCAGAUGUGCCAUUUGUGGCCCCUUCCCUCCAAAGUCAAGAUUGGGUGCCCCUGCAUAGCAGAGAGUGGGCCCAAGUGUGACAGGACCUCUGCCCAGCCCCGGAGCUCCUGCCCCACACAUGCAGCAGCCACCUUAGUGAAUUGCUGUCCCUAGGCCUCAGCCUUCCUCUGGUCUGUCAGACCUCCCACCCCUGUGUUACAGGAGAUGCAUGUGUGGUGGGGACCAUUAACCCAGAGCUGUACAAGUUCCCAGAAGACAAGAAUGAGACCCACUUCCCAGAGGGCUGCCUGGGGUGGCUGUGGUUCUCCAUGGAAUACCAGCAGGAGGCUGAGAAACUGCUGGUGGGCCUAAUCAAGGCACGGUGGCUACAAGCCCCCUCAGAGACCUGCAGCCCACUGGUGAAGGUCCACGUGCUACCAGAUAAGUGGCGCUUCCUCCAGUCCAAAACCAAACGCAGAACUGCCAACCCUCAGUUUGAUGAACACUUCAUCUGCCAGGUAUCUAGCAAGAGCAUCACUCCGAGGGUACUGAGGUUCUCGGUGUACCAUGUGGACAGGCAUAGGAAGCACCAGCUGCUGGGCCAGGUAUUCUUUCCCCUGAAGAAUGAGAUCUUGGCAGACGACUGCCAGUGAAUUAUCUGGAGAGACCUAGAGGCUGAGAGCCUGGAGAUAAAGCAUCUCCAACCCCCCUCAGAGUUUGGUGACCUCCAGUUCUGCCUCAGCUACAAUGACUGCCUGAGCCCCCUUACUGUGGUUGUGCUGCACGCCAAGGGCCUGAAGCUCCAGGACAACAGGGAUGUUGUCAGUGCAUUUGUCAAAGUGUCCCUGAGGAACCACAAGUUUGUCAAGUGCAUGAAGACUUCAGUUGUGCUGGGCUCUGCCAACCCUGUAUACAGUGAGACCUUCAGCUUCAAGGCCCACCCUACAGAGCUGGACACUGCCAGCCUCAGCCUGACAGUGCUGCAGGACACUGAAGGGCACAAUAACCUCUGGCUGGGCCAUGUGGUGGUGAGCCCCUACAUGUAUGUUCGAGGCAGAGAGCUGGAGCACUGGACCAAGAUGCUCAGCAAGCCCAAGGAACUGGUGAAAUGCUGGUUUGCACUGUGCCGCACCACAGAGUCCUGA